AUGGCCAUCAACACGGAGGCGCCGCUGGCGAAGGCGCUGGAGAACUCUCCUCCGCCCGUGGACUCGCACGAGACGGAGAAGCUGCUGACCGCCGUCGGGGUAGCUCCGAAGUCCUUCUCAGCCGGUGGAGAAGGCAGUGAUGAAGCGCCCGCCGGGGGCGAGGCCGAGCGCAACGGCCACCACAGCCUGCCUUACCAGUCCGGCUCGGAGGGGAAGCUGGAGGCCACGUCGCUCUCGCCGUCGCGGCUCAGCCUGGGGCGCGCCUCGUCCACGGCCACCACCUCCAACCUCCACGAGCCGGGCCGCUCGCGGGACUACCUCCCGCUGGCCAUCUUCUCCUGCUUCUGCCCCAUCUGGCCCCUCAACAUCCUGGCCUUAGUCUUCUCCAUCAUGGUAAGCGGCCGUUUCCCCGGCUCCAGCGCGUCCCCUCGGGACUCCGGCUGUGCGCAAAGACGCGCCGCCCUCGCCAAGUUCCUUGUGCGUCCUGGGCGCACCAGGGACAUGGACACGGCGUCGGGGAGUCGCGGAGCGCGGAAGUCCCCGGCGGGAACUUUGUAGCUGCGUUUAAAACUUGAGCAGAGGGCGUUACAUCGGGGAGAAUGGAAGAAGAGUGUCGGUAAGGGAGGGGUGUCUUAGUUCCUCCAAAAGUCUGUGAACUGCACGUUUUGGAGUGGACUGUUCUUCCAGUUUCGGAAGGACACGACUUUUGGGGGUUUGCGUGUGAGAGAGAAAGAAUAUGCAAUCAUGUCGACCUAGCUGGGAAGAGGAGCAGGAGAAAACAAAGAGUGAAUAAUCGUAAUUUAUAACUUUCCCUGCAUAACAGACUCCAAAUACAGCAGCUCCCUUCCCAAAUACGGGGUGGGGCGUGUGCGUUUUGUGGAUUGGGGAGAUGGGAGAAAGACUUAAACAGAGCGUGAGGAUUUGGGGGAAUUUAAUAAUAUUAAUAUUAUGCUAGAAGUGCCCUUUCAAGUGUAGAAUUUUGCUCACGACUGACUUAAGGCUGCGGUACCCUAUACCCGCUGACCUGGGAGUAAGGCGCGUUGAAUUCAAUGGCAGUUCUGAGCAGAGAUGUCGAGGAUUACACAGCAAUAAAAUCUAUUUAAUUCGCGGGCCAAAUUACAAGGGUUUUUGGUUGGUUGGUGUGUGUGUGUGUGUGUCUAAUUCCCUCUUCUGCUUAGCAAACGAAGUUGAUCAAUAGCUCCACACCCUGCCCUCUUCCUUCCCAUCCGCCCCAGCUAGACAUGGGUUGGAGACAGAUCCCACUUAAGUUAAGACGUGUCAAGAACAGCCUAGGCGUCUCUUGCUUGGCUCUGGAUUUUGUCGGAGAGAGAUGUAAAAAAUUAUAGAGUGAGGAAAUGGGGGGACGGGGGACGGUUGCCAGAACUUGUUGCCAUGUAAUGUCGAAAUAGAAAGACUACAUUGAACAUGUACAGAGUGCCUCUGAGCACAAAGAACAAACACAAGCUUCUGCCACGGGGAGGGUAAGAGAGCUCAGAGAGCAGUUUCCAGAGCUGAUAGAUGCAUAUUUGGUUGCACAUUAACCUCUGACUGUGUGGGGGUGUGCCCCCUUCCAUUCCCAUCCUGUGGGUGCGCUUACCAGCAAGGUGAGGGGCAGCCAUGUGUUAACAGGAUCCCCUGCAAAGAAUGGCAGGACCACAGCGGUCCAGAGAACCUCAAAACGGGCAAAAGUCUCCUGGUCACAAAGGCGUAUGAACUAGCGGGGGUGUAGUGGUUAGCGUGGGAGAGACCUGGAUAUAUGAAGUUCCACUUGGAUAUACAAAGUUCUCUGGGUGUGAUCGUGGGGGGCCAGUCACCAUCCUCUUAGCCCGACCUACUUCGCAUGGCUGAUGGGAAUUGUAGUCCAGAACAGCUGGAGGGCGGCAGGAUGGCCAAGGCUGGAUUAAUGGUUAAUAAUAUAAAAGCUCAAAGAGAGAGAAGCAAAGAGGGAGCUGUCCAUGGUAGCAGCCAGGAUUCAUCCAAAGCAGGGGAAGCUUUUCACGGAAACGCAGAACACAGGAAGCUGCCUUAACACCGAGUCAGAACGUUGCUCCAUCUAGCUUAGUACUGCCUACACUGGCUGGCAGUGGCUCACCAGUGUUUUAGAUCAGGGAUCCCUUCUCCAAGCCCUGGCUGGGGACGCUGCCAGAAUUUGAACCUGGGACCUUCUGCAUGUAAAACUGACGCUUUACCACUGAGCUACGGCCCAUCCCUUAAAAAUGAAUCAAGAUGCUAGCCCUCACUGGUGCUGAAUUAAGGGCAUGUUUGAAUAGGAACACAGGAAGCUGCCUUAUUGGUCCAUCUGGCUCAGGACACUGGCUGGCAGCAGCUCUCCAGGAUUUUAGGCAGGGAGCCUUGCCCAGCCCUACCUGAGGAUGCCAUCGGCGAUUGACACCUUCUGCAUGCAAGGCAGAUGGCCUGCCACUCAGCUCAUGAUAGGCAAUGGGGAGAAGGGCUCUGUACAGGGCUUGUCCACAGAUAAGACAGCAGGCUGAGUAGGACAUGGAAAGAGGGGGUCGUGGCACAUUUGAGCCCCGCAUCCAUACUAACCACAUGAAAACACUUGUUUCUCAAGACCGGCAAGUAGGAUCGAUCUGGCAAUAGCAAUGCGGAGCCCCCAGGUUCAGAUGAAGUCUAUCUCAGGAGACCAAGAGAUGAUGAAGAAUGCCAUGGGGAGGGCAUUUGCACUCCUGUCCUGCUCAGGGGCAUCCCAGAGACACCCAGAUGGCCAGACAGCAGGGUGGAGGUUGCUGGGCCUAGGUGGGCCUUAGGCUCCAGGAAGGCCUCUCCAGAUGUUCUUACGAAGUAAGAUAGUUAAGAAUGGAGCCUCCAUAGGCAGAAUCAGCAGCAGGCCCUUUGAAUAUUUUAUUUAUUCAUUAAAUUUGUAUGGCACCCUUAAUCGGAAGACCGCAGGACAGCUCACAACAUAAAAAAUUACAAAAUGAGAACACAAAAUACAUAAUAAAACCAAGUUCAAAAACAACUCCCACAAACACAUUUAAAGGGUCACAGAAUGUUUAAUUAGCCAAAGGCCUAGGAGAAAGUGAAUGUUUUCUCCCGGCACCUAAAGAUAUGCAAUGAAGGCGCCAGGCGAGCCUCCCUGGGGGGAGCAUCCCACAAAUGGGGAGCCACUGCAGAAAAGGCCCCGUUCUCAUGUUUCUGCCCUCUCGUGAAGGAGAAACAUGAAGAAGGGCCUCAGAUGAUGAACACAGAGUCUGGGACAGUUCGUAUGGGGAGAGGCCGUCGUGAGCCAUUAAAGGUUUAAUAGGUCAAAACCAGCACUUCAAAUUGGGCCUGAAAGCUAAUUGGCAGCCACUGCAAUUAGGCCAGGAUCGGUGUAAUAUUCUCAAACUGUCUUGCACUGGUGAGCAACCUGGCUGCCAAAUUGUGCACCAACCGAUGUUUCUGAACCUUCUUCAGAAGCAGCCCUACAUUUAACACUUUGCAGUAAUCUAAUUUAAAGGUUAUCAGAGUACGACUGGGGGACAGACAACCGGGGAGGGUCACUGCCGUUUAUGUCCUGCCCUCACACCUGGGAAGGGCUGUAGCACAGUGGUAGAGCAUUUGCCUUGCAUGCAAAAGGCCUUGGGUUCAAUCCCAGGCAUUUCCAGGUAGGCUUGGGAAUGUCCCCUUCGCUGAAAUCCUGGAGAGUUGCUGCCAGUCAGUGUAGACAAUCUUUAGCUAGAAGGACCAAAUGGUCUGUGUCAGAAUAAGACAGCUUCCUGCAUUAUUAUUAUUAUUAUUAUUAUUAUUAUUAUUAUUUUAACCAGCCCUUUAUUCAGAACCAUGAGGACUAGGAUCUUUAAUUUUAGGGAGUCACAGCUCAGUGGUGGAAUAUCUGCCUUACAUGCCAAAGGUCACAGGUUUAACCUCCAGGCAGAGGCUCGUCCUCUGAAACUCUGGAGAUCGGUUGCUGCCAGUCAGUGUAGACAGAACUGAGCCAGAUGGUCUGACUCAGCAGAAGGCUCCUUGUGAGUUUCCCAAAUGCAUCCUGCAAAGUAGAGGAUGCUGGGUGGACCAUCUUUGUUUAAGAGAUUGUUUCUGCAGUUAAGAUUUAGUUUUUGGAGAUGCAAUCUUGUUGCUGUUACCUGGAUCAUGCUGCUGCAUUUCAGUGAUCAGCAAAUACGUUUUAUUGCAUAUUCAUGAAUAGAAGUAGAAGUUCACAUCAGCUUAUUGCAGCCAUUUAAAGUCUGUGGUGUCUUGUAACCGUGAGAGAACUGUGUAAACCUUUGGAUGAUGCAAACCGCCUUGAGCAGGGCUUACUAAGGAUCAAAUGUAAGAGGACGUUGAAGGCAGACCUUUGGUCUGCUCAAGCAGCCAGGCUCUUCCGAAGGAUUAUUGGAAGGCGGGUCAGCAUUUCUGUCCCCUUUCAGGUUGAGAAAAGAGCCACUAAGAAGUAUUUCCUGACUCCCUGUUAUUUUGUUACAAGUCAGGAGCGUGUGAUGUUUUUGCCACCUGUGCCCAUUUGAUUACCGAAAGCAGCCCCAGAGGACCAUUACAUACUCCACCGUUUUGCAAAGAUAACUUUGAUUCUCCGCCGCGGAAGCACACACAGAGGCUAUCUCCCCGAUUAGCAGCAACAGCAAAAACAGGCUUAUAAACUGCAGUCAUAACCCCGUUUACCUGGGAGUGAAUCCAUGAAAAAUGUGUGUGUGUGUGUGUGUGUGUGUGUGUGUGUAUCUUCUUCUUCUUCUUCUUCUUCUUCUUCUUCUUCUUCUUCUUCUUCGAUCCCUCGUAGCCGAGUAAGAUUGUCUUCCAUAAACAAAGUUUUAACAAUGAGUCUGUAAGUGGCUGUGGAGGCCAGUUCUGGAUCCACAUGUCCUUCCGCAGUGGGGACAUUGGUUUCCGGGUGGCAGUUGAUCCCAGUGUGGAUUUGCCAAGUGUGGCUUCCUCUUAGCACAUUUCUCCCUUGCGUCCUGAGUUCGAGCGUCUUCAAAGCCCAUGACACCUUUGGUAAAGGCUGUUCUCCAACUGGAGCGCUCGCAGGCCAGUGUUUCCCAGUUGUCAGUGUUUAUACUACAUUUCUUUUAAUACACACGCACUAGAUAUAUAUCUAUAUAUAUAUAUAUAUAUAUGCGCAACCCAGCUUUUCCCAUGGUGAAGGUUUUUUUUUUUAAUUGUGCACAGCUGUGGAAGUGGGUUCAGGUUGCAAGGGAGGGUUUAAUGGGAAAUCUAGAAUCAAGGGUGGGGGAAGAUUUAAUAAAGGGGGGAAGUUGGCUAGCCAGGGGUUGACCUAGAAAGGUGUGUGUGAGUGAAAGCAGUGUAGACCUAAGUAAAAGCACCACACAGACAUGCACAUCGAAGGUUUCUCACUUGUAAUGUAAACAUGAGCCAGCUGUGUGCUACAGCAGCAAAUAAAGCCAAUACAAUCCUAACCUGGAGAUUUCGGGGAUUGAACCAGGCAGGGACCUUCUGCAUGCAAAGCAGAUGCUCUAUAUGUACACCUUACCCAUGUGGGAAGCUGCACAGGGGUCCUUUUUAAAGGUGUUACAGAAAUAUUAUUAUUUUAGAAAUUUGUCUAUGCAUCCAUACAUGGACCUCAAGGCUGCUGGCUUGGAGAAUUUACUUUCCAGUGCUAGAUUUAUUCAUUUAGUUCAUAUAUAUAUAUAUAUAUAUACACACACACACACACACACACACACCACUUGGUGGUGGUGGUUGUUUUUAUUAAAAAAAACCAACUCAAAGUGGUUUACAAAAAAAAGCUAAAACUAUCAAUACUGUAAGAUGACCCAACAGCAAAAAUUCAAAACUUCCAAAGAUGUUAAAAUAACAGUGGACUGAAUACAGAUCAAAACCCACAUUAAACUUCUAAACAACCGGGCAGCCUUGCCUAAAUAAGAAUGUUUUUAGCAGGCGCUGAAAAGAGCUCAGUGAAGGCGCCUGCCUGAUAUCAAGAGGCAGGGAGUUCCAAAGGGUAGAUGCUGCCACAGUAAGAUGCCAAAUUGGCAACCGGUGAAGAUCUCUGAGCACAGAUGUUCUGUGCUGACAAGGCCUCACUCUCGUCAGCAAUCGUGGGGCAGCAUCCUGCCCCAACUGCGGCUUCCGGGUCAAGCGCGAGAGAAGCCCCCUGUGUCCUCACACAGCAUGAACCAGGGGGGUGAAUGGCAGCGCACAGGUCUAAGACGGAUCCAAUUUUCUCUCCUCCCCUCCCUUCUUUUGACAGUCUAGGAACAGCUGCCAACAGGGAGAUGUGGAUGGCGCGCGGCGGUUGGGGCGGGUUGCCAGAUUCCUCAGCAUCAUCUCCAUCGUCCUGGGGACCCUCAUCAUCGUGGUUUGCACACUGAAGUUCACAGGUAGGUACCAACCCGUGUCCCACCCAAUUCCUCCAGAGACACUCGCUCACAACCCUAAAGAGAGCUCAAACCAAGACGGCAUGUUCAACACCAACACCAUUAUUCUUCCACCGCAUGCAAUUAUUUUGACAUCCGGCUGCUGUGUUUAGGCAACCGAUUCAAGACGUUUCCCUAUCAAAAGAUCAACAAGGAGCCUAGGAUUAUAAAAUACCAUCAUGUAGUGAGCACAAGACAUACAGUCCUUCACAUGUAACAGUACACAGGGCCUUCUCAGUAGUGGCAACCUCCCUUCAGAUGUCAAGCAGACAAAGAACUACAUAAUUUUUAGAAGACAUCUGAAGGCAGCUCUGUAUUGGGAAGUUUUUAAUGGCUGAUGUUUUGAUAUAUGCUGUAAGCCGCCCAGAGUGGCUGGGGAAACCCAGCCAGAUGGGCGGGGUGGAAAUAAUAAAAUGAAUGAAAAGGAAAAAGCCUGGAAUUUCAGGUGGCAGAGCAUGAGGCUCUUAAUCUCAGGGUUGUGGGUAAAAGAUUCCUGCAUUGCAGGGGGUUGGGCUAGAUGACCCUCCGGGUCCCUUCCAGCUCUAAGAUUCUAUGAUUCUAACGAAACGACGUGACUUCCAAGGACGGUCUUUGCAGGGCUCCCCUCCCCGCAGCUCCGGGCCAGAUCAAAAAACUGUUCUUUGCUCCCUUCAAGGAAAUUAUUCUGCCUCACCUCUUUCAAUUUUGGUGGCAGGGAAGGGGGGAAAAAGGAGAGCUUUGACAGCAUAUCCCAGACAAAAAACCCCCAUGUUUCUGUCUGCAAGGAGUUUAUAAUGCAGAGCGGCUUAGUGGUAGUGCCUGAGCCAGUGCAUUCAAAUGGCGAAAAAGGAGAUUGCAACUAAACUUUAGGAAGGAGAUUCUGAGAGGAAGAGCCAUUCAAUCGUGGAAUGGUCUCCCUCGGACGGUGGUGGACCCUCUUUCUCUAAAGGUUUUCUAAAAAUAAUUUUAAAUGUAAUUUAUAUACAACAAUUAUUCAACCAUCAUUUUAACACCUCCAACUUCCACUCCUUUCCACCUUUCUGCGGUUCUUUACAUUCAUUUUCGUCCUUUCCUGCAUACUCAUUCUUUUAAUCAACUAUUCUCACAUAUAUAUCAUAUAUAUUUUUGAAACUGCAGGUUUUUACAAUAAUCCUGCCAAUGGCUUCACCUGUUUACAGUUUAUUUGCAAAUACUCAAUAAACCAUUUCCAUUCCUUUCUAAAAAGUUUGUUAUACUGAUUUCUUAUUCUCCCUGUAAGUUUUGCCAUUUCUGCGUACUCCAUUAGUUUCUGUAACCAUUCUCUUUUGUUGGGACCUCUUCUUACAAUUCUUCUUCUUACAAUUUUGAGCAAAUAACAUUCUCGCAGCUGUGGUCGCACGCAAAAACUAACCUCUAUACUGUUGGUAGUUCUGAUCCCAUAAUUCCCAAGAGAAAAGCUUCUGGGUUGGAGUUUUUUUUAACAAAUGUUAUCUGAAAUAUCUUUUUCAAUUCAUUAUAUAUCACUUCCCCGUAAGCUUUAACCUUAUUGCAAGACCACCACAUAUGGGGAAAGCUAACUUCUUUCUCUUUACAUUUCCAAUACUUAUUCGAUUUUGAAUUAGACAUUUUUGCCAAUCUACUAGGUGUUAUAACAUGUUCCUAUAACUUUCUCUUAAACCAGAAGAUGCUGUCAGUUUUAUGCUCAUAUUCCACAGUCAUUCCCAUGCUUCCAUUUCUAUGUUAUGACCAAUAUCUAUUGCCCCUCUUCCACUAAAGCUUUUAAAGCAGAGGUUGGCUGGCCAUCUGUCGGGGAUUAUUUAGCUGAGAUGCCUGCAUUGCAAAUAAAAUUGUAACAGGAACACACCUGUCUUGUGCUUGUAAAAACUGCCUGAACAAAACUACCCUCUUUCUCUCUCUUUCUCUCUCCUCACCUCCAGGUUACCUGCAAUCAAAUUAGCAUGAGCAAAGCUUGAGGGGAAAAGGGGUGGUCCUUCGACCCACAUAUUUAUUUGUGUUUUCGAGUGGCCGUAGGAUGCUUCCCAUUUCCGCUCGGUUGCAAAAGGAAGGACUUUCUCAGUGGGAGAAAAACAUGGGCAUCCUCCACAGCCCAACCCUAUCCUGCUCCCAUCCUUGGACAGAAUUACAGCAUGCCCAUCUUCACCAUUAGCCUUUCGGAUCACAAAAAAAGUUUAUUUCCAGGGGACGAACAAAACGUACAAUCCGGUGAACAGGACUCGGCAGGAGGGGAAGAAUGAAGAUCCCUUCCUGCCUGGCACAGGAACUCUCUACCUCGUCAUCUGCCACACAGAGAGAAAGACACGGAUGGGCACGGAGAACCGUCAAGAGGAGACGCAUUUCUCCCAAAGCAAAACUCUCCUUGAUCUCCCGCUUCCCCCCACGCCAGCGG